AUGCUGCAAACUUUUUUGCUGCUGCUUUUAAGCAGCCCGAUCGGUGCAGUUGCCCAGUCUGCCGCCGACUACUAUGUCAAGUCUCUCCCGGGCCAGCCCGAUGGCCCGUUUUUGAAGAUGCAUGCUGGUCAUGUCGAAGUAGAUCCCGAAACGAACGGUAAUCUCUUCUUUUGGCAUUUCGAAAAUCGCCACAUCGCAAACCGACAACGCACUGUUCUUUGGCUGAACGGAGGGCCAGGAUGCAGCUCAAUGGACGGAGCCUUGAUGGAAAUCGGCCCAUAUCGACUGCAAGACGACCACACGUUGGUGGACAACAACGGAUCCUGGAAUGAAUUUGCAAACCUCCUUUUCGUCGACCAGCCGGUCGGCACUGGCUUUAGCUACGUCAGCACAGACAGUUAUAUCCACGAUUUGGAUCAGAUGGCCAAUCACAUGAUGACUUUCUUGGAGAAGUGGUUUACUCUUUUCCCAGAGUAUCAAACCGAUGACUUAUAUAUCGCAGGAGAAUCAUAUGCCGGUCAAUACAUUCCCUAUAUUGCCAAGGCGAUUAUCGAUCGAAAUAAAAAAGGAUCAGGCACAGCAUGGAACCUGAAGGGUCUUAUGAUCGGCAAUGGAUGGAUUUCACCUCUUGACCAAUACCCAGCCUACUUACAGUAUGCCUAUGCGGAAGGUCUGGUAAAAAAAGACAGCGAGAUUUCCUCUCGUCUUGAAGAACUACAAAAUACCUGCUCGAACUCCUUGACCACCGACGAAGUCAAAAACAGAGUGAGUAUCCACGAGUGCGAAGGAGUUCUCUCGAACAUGCUCGAGAUGACCAGUGAAGAUGGCAAGUGCACCAACGUGUACGACAUACGUUUGCGUGAAGAUGACACUUGUGGGUCAUCAUGGCCCCCAGACCUUGCUAGCAUGACGACGUACCUACAAAGACCGGAUGUAGCGGAGGCGCUCAAUCUCAAAAAUGAUAAAUCUACUGGCUGGCAAGAGUGUAAAGACACAGUGGGAUCCAAUUUCCGUGCCACACAUUCGGUGCCCUCGAUCCAGAUCCUUCCGGAAAUAAUCGAGUCCGGUGUCCGUGUCCUACUUUUCAGCGGCGACAAGGAUCUGAUAUGUAACCACCUCGGCACAGAACAAUUGAUCCACAACAUGAAAUGGAACGGUGGGACUGGGUUUGAAACGUCACCAGGCAUCUGGGCGCCUCGACGUGGUUGGACCUUUGACGACGAACCGGCUGGGUAUUACCAGCAAGCUCGCAAUUUGACCUACAUCCUUUUCUAUAAUGCCAGCCACAUGGUACCGUUUGACUGGCCUCGUCGUAGCCGCGACAUGUUGGAUCGGUUCAUCAACGUGAACAUCACCAGCAUCGGCGGCUCCCCGGGCGAUUCACGGCUCGAUGGGGAGAAGUUGCCUGAGACUACUGUUGGUGGCCAUAAAAAUGAAACGGCAUCCACCGAACACGAAGAUGAGAAGCUAAAGGAUGCCGAGUGGAAGGCAUAUACAAAAUCAGGGGAAGCGGCACUAAUUGUGGUCAUUAUCGGUGUAUCUGUUUGGGGAUAUCUCAUUUAUCGUAGCCGACGUCAACGCCAUGGCUACAGUUCCGUGUAUAGGGAUGCCACAUCCCCUGGUGACAGUUCAACUCUUCUCAAUCGGUUCCGCAAGGAUGAGCAGUCGGCCGAUCGAGAUCUCGAGGCGACUGAUCUUGAUGAGCUGGACCGGUUGGAUAGAUCACCGAACAUGGAACCAGAACACUACAUCAUUGACGAUGACGACGAACCCGAGACUUCGCACGGUGGCGGUCAUCCGCAGGGGCAACAAGAGCAUUCUUUCAAGAAGAAAUCAGAAAUCCGCGUGCUCGGAGCUUUCUCAAUGACACAUCCUAGCACUGGACACUCUGUACAAUCUCCGCUCAAACGCCGGCGACCAGCUCGCUCAUGCCAGGAAUGCCGUCGACGAAAGAUCAAGUGUGACCUUACGCAGCCAUGCAGCCAUUGCAGAGUGUCUAGGUGCUCGUGCUUGUACAAUGUCAACAAGGUGCCGGCCAUCCCAGGCACAGCUACCAACGCCGAGCGGCCACAGUCGUUGGAAAGAGGUCCAAGUCCUCCUGAUUCCGCCAGAACUGAGCCAUCUCAGACCUCAGUGUCAGUAGUACGCUCUCUUCCUAAUAAUCGAAGUGCACAAGUAUCUUUACAGUGUCUUCCUACUCCGGAGGAGGACAAAGAGCGCGAAUUAGAAGUGCUUAGACGUCGGGUUUCGGCCCUUGAAGAAUACAUAGCUGCUUCUACUGCGGCUGGUUCUGUAAUAGAUACGACCAAAGAAACAUCCCAAGCAAGACAUGCGGAGCAAAGAGGCCAACAGCAUGAGUCAAUUAUAGCAAAUAGCGGUCUGCAGGACAGACAAGGUUCACAAAAUUAUGGACGACUCUCUAAUAUCACCCAAGAACAAUAUUUGCAUGACCCACAGUUGAUUCUAAACAAGUCAAGGCUUUAUGGUCCGAGCCAUUGGACACAUGGCGGAAAAGAGUUCAAAAGAGUUGCCGUGUUAAAUGCCGAUACUGAUCGCUUGGCCGAAGUAGAAAUAAUCAGGCAUCUGAGGUCAGAGCUUCGACUAAUAAUUCACAAAUGCAAGCUUCUAGCUCGAAGCAUCAAAGCGUCAAGUCCUGGAAGGUCCAUUUUGUGGGCAGAAUCAACACUUUACGCGGUUGACAACGGCUUUGCUGAUCAAAUGGCACGGCUAUAUGUCUCCCAUUUUGAAUCAGCUUUCCGGAUUCUUCACACUCCUUCUUUCUGGGCUGAGUAUGAACAGUACUGGAGAAACCCUCAAGAAGCACCUAGCGUCCUUCAGUUCAAGAUCAAACUUGUGAUAGCUAUCGGUUCUAGUCUAUAUCGAGACACUCCUGAUGCCGACAUGGUCCGCUGGAGAUCAUAUAAAUGGGUGCAUGAGGCACAAUCAUGGAUCUCCGCCCCUAUGGAAAAGAACCGGAUAAGUCUUGAUGGCCUGCAAAUACAGUGCUUAUUGAUUCUUGCUCGUCAAGUCCUGUCUAUCAGUGGGGACCUCGUCUGGAUAGCAGUUGGUACGCUCGCUCGUACAGCAAUGCAAAUGGGAUUGCAUCGUGAUCCUCGACAUUUUGGGAGAAUGAACAUUCUAGAUGCAGAGAUUCGGAGACGCCUAUGGGCUACGAUACUGGAAAUGAACGUACAGGCAUCGCUAGACUCGGGAAUGCCCCUCGCCAUAGCCUAUGACGAUUUUGACACCGAAAGCCCUGGGAACAUCAAUGACGGAGACAUUGACGAAAACACGAAGAUUCUUCCACAAUAUUCUGAUGAAGUGGUAACGGAGACUUCAUUGCAGCGUCUUUUACUAAAAUACUUACGAGUACGGAUGGAAGUAAUUCGCCGGGUGAACGGGUUUGGCCCUGACCUUUCGCAAGGCGAGAUUCAGUCGAUAACGUCGCAGUUCAACAAUGCCUGUCACGAGUGCGAUAAUAUUGUACAGGAUAAGAAUGGGAAUGAAGUACACGUUUUCAAUCGCAACAUGGCAGAUCUAUUUCUUCGCCGCUUUCUGCUAACCCUCCAUCGCCCAUUAGCCAGCGCUGCCCACGUGAAUCACCCAGAAUUCUACUUUUCAAGAAAGGUCUGCCUUGACUCUGCAACAGCCUUGCUCUCACCGCCGCCAAAUGUCGACUUCUCUCAUCUUUGCCUGCUCGGUGGUGGCAUUUUCAAAAACCGCAUCAUCCAUGCUUCUCUGGCUCUUAGUUCAGAGUUACUCGUUGAUCUAGAUGAAAAUGGACCUGUACAAUGGUCGUCAAAUUACCGUAGAAUGCUCAUUGAUGCAAUCCGGGAGUCCCUCCGCCAGACAGCCGGACGUAUCCGACUCGGUGAGACAAACGUACACCUACACAUGAAACUGGCCGUGGUCCUGUGUCGGGCUGAAUGCACUAAAUCGGGUAUUUCUCGACAACAGCUGAUGAUGCAGGCCGCUAAAGAGAGCCUAGAAAUGUCACAUACUAUAAUACAGGCUCGUUUGGAGGCAAUGACCACAGGCCAGCAUCAAACUGUGGAAACAUUUGUACCUCAGGACUUUGAUCAGCAAGACCUUGACUUUUCGAUUGGUCAGAAUUUGGAUGAAUUCUUUGAAUCGGUUGAGAAAGACCUCAGCGGUGUUCAUGUCAAAACGCUCCCUACGCCACAACCUGAGACGGGAAGCGCUAUAGUUCGUGUCCUUAGUGCCGGCGUGCUGUCUUACCAGCGCGACAUUUACGAUGGAACUCGUGACUACCCUAUGCCCAAGCCACUGGUAGGCGGUAUGAGUGCUAUUGGACGAGUAGUGGCAGUAGGACGUGAUGCAGUAACUCUGCAGCCAGGAAAACUGGUGUACGUCGACUGCGUUAUCCGCGGACGUGACGACUUGGAUGCAAUCAUCCUUUCCGCAAACUCGGACGGGUUUAAUGAGCCGGCCCAGAGGCUGAUGAAAGAUGUCUGGCGCGAUGGGGUGUUUGCCGAAUUCGCCAAAUUCCCGUUGGAAAGCUGUGUGCCUCUGGAUGAAGCGAGACUGUGCCAGGGUUUGGGUUAUAGCGUCAAUGAUCUGACAUAUAUCAGUUACCUGCUCGUGGCUUACGGUGGCCUCAGAGAUAUUCGGGCCGAGCCCGGUGAGACCGUUGUUAUCUGUCCAGCAACCGGUGGAUUUGGGGGUGCUGGAGUGCAAGUCGCUAUCUCCAUGGGUGCCAGGGUCAUUGCCAUGGGCAGAAACGAAGCUGAACUAGCAAGGUUGAAGACGCAUGUGGUGAAGGGCACACCCGGUGCCAAUAUUGAAACCGUCAAGAUCACUGGAGAUGAGGAGAAGGAUGCAGCGACACUGCAGACACUCGGAACGAUUGAUGCAGUACUAGAUCUAUCGUCAUCUGCGGCGAAUAAGUCGCCACACUUGAACAGCGCCAUCACGGCGCUUCGGCCCAAGGGCCGUGUUAGCCUGAUGGGGGGGUUUCACGAUGGCCCCAUACCGAGUUUCCAGAUCAUUGCCAAGGAUAUCAUGAUAAAGGGCAAGUUCAUGUACGAGAGGGAAGACAUGCAGCAACUCGUCAAGAUGCUAGAGAGAGGCUUGUUCCCGAGAGGAAGUGACUUUGUGGAUGUUAAGAACUUCUCUUUGGAUCAUUGGAAAGCGGCGCUUGAUAUGGGAGCUGAGUAUACCGGAAUAGGAAGAUUUGUGACAAUUACGCCGUGA